CUACCAGCGCGCGGGCGGCGGCGGCGGCGGCACCGGGGUCACGAACUCUGACCUUUCACUGACAAAAACAAUAACAAACCCCCCCUUCCCCGCGACCCCGGCGGCGCCCCCGGGCCCGCCCCCGCCGCCCCCGCUCCCACCUCGGCGUCUCUUCUCUCGCCUGCUGCCCCGCGAGCCCGCGGCCCCCGGGCUCCCGCCAUCCGCCAACGCCGGGAGCCCGGCCUCCCCGCGCCCUGCCCUCCGCGUCGGGGGCCGUCCGCCGCAGACACGGGACCUGCUUCGAGGCCGCUUUGGCGCCAAAUCCUGAGGUUCUCUAAUGAUCUUGCUUCACCAUGGCUACAAAUAUGGAGGGGCUGGUUCAGCACAGAGUGGGGACCCAGCAGGUGGCUGAGGUACCACGGACACAGACCUCUCGGCCGGAAUCUCCAGGGAUGACCAGCCCCUCCCCGCGCAUCCAGAUAAUCUCCACCGACUCUGCGGUAGCCUCACCUCAGCGCAUUCAGAUUGUGACAGACCAGCAGACAGGACAGAAGAUCCAGAUAGUCACCGCAGUGGACGCCUCCGGAUCCCCCAAGCAGCAGUUCAUCCUGACCAGCCCAGAUGGAGCUGGAACUGGGAAGGUGAUCCUGGCUUCCCCGGAGACCUCCAGUGCCAAGCAGCUCAUAUUCACCACCUCAGACAACCUCGUCCCUGGCAGGAUCCAGAUCGUCACGGACUCUGCUUGUGUGGAACGUUUGCUGGGGAAGGCUGACGUCCAGCGGCCCCAGGUGGUAGAGUACUGUGUAGUCUGUGGCGACAAAGCCUCUGGCCGUCACUAUGGGGCUGUCAGUUGUGAAGGUUGCAAAGGUUUCUUCAAAAGGAGCGUAAGGAAAAACCUGACCUACAGCUGCCGGAGCAACCAAGACUGCAUCAUCAAUAAACAUCACCGGAACCGCUGUCAGUUUUGCCGGCUGAAAAAAUGCUUAGAGAUGGGCAUGAAAAUGGAAUCUGUACAGAGUGAACGGAAGCCCUUUGAUGUACAACGGGAGAAACCAAGCAAUUGUGCUGCUUCAACUGAGAAAAUCUAUAUCCGGAAGGACCUGAGAAGUCCUCUGAUAGCCACUCCCACGUUUGUGGCAGAUAAAGAUGGAGCAAGACAAACAGGUCUUCUUGAUCCAGGGAUGCUUGUGAACAUCCAACAGCCUUUGAUACGCGAGGAUGGUACAGUUCUCCUGGCCACGGAUUCCAAGGCAGAAACAAGCCAGGGAGCUCUGGGCACACUGGCAAAUGUAGUAACCUCCCUUGCCAACUUGAGUGAGUCCCUUAACAAUGGUGACGCUUCGGAAAUGCAGCCGGAGGACCAGUCCGCAAGUGAGAUUACUCGGGCAUUUGAUACCUUAGCUAAAGCACUUAAUACCACAGACAGCUCCUCACCUCCGAGCCUAGCAGAUGGCAUAGAUGCCAGUGGAGGAGGCGGCAUCCACGUCAUCAGCAGAGACCAGUCCACACCCAUCAUCGAGGUCGAAGGGCCCCUCCUUUCAGAUACUCAUGUCACAUUUAAGCUCACCAUGCCCAGCCCAAUGCCAGAGUACCUCAAUGUGCACUACAUCUGCGAGUCAGCGUCCCGCCUACUUUUCCUCUCCAUGCACUGGGCCAGGUCAAUCCCAGCUUUUCAGGCACUUGGGCAGGACUGCAACACCAGCCUGGUGCGGGCCUGCUGGAACGAGCUCUUCACCCUCGGCCUCGCCCAGUGUGCCCAGGUCAUGAGUCUCUCCACUAUCCUGGCGGCUAUUGUCAACCACCUGCAGAACAGCAUCCAGGAAGAUAAACUUUCUGGAGACCGGAUAAAGCAAGUCAUGGAGCACAUCUGGAAGCUUCAGGAAUUCUGUAACAGUAUGGCGAAGCUGGAUAUAGAUGGCUAUGAGUAUGCAUACCUUAAAGCUAUAGUUCUCUUUAGCCCCGACCAUCCAGGUUUGACCAGCACAAGCCAGAUUGAAAAAUUCCAAGAAAAGGCACAGAUGGAAUUGCAGGACUACGUUCAGAAAACCUAUUCGGAAGACACGUACCGAUUGGCCCGGAUUCUCGUUCGCCUGCCAGCACUCAGGCUGAUGAGCUCAAACAUAACAGAAGAACUUUUUUUUACUGGUCUCAUUGGCAAUGUUUCAAUAGACAGCAUAAUCCCCUACAUCCUCAAGAUGGAGACAGCAGAGUAUAACGGCCAGAUCACCGGAGCCAGUCUAUAGUGUGCACCGCACGCCUGCUGAGAAGCAGAAGGAUCCUCCCAGGACCGCUCAGAUAACAGAGAAAAUAAAGUAGUGGUAUUUUGGUAUGUGCAAAUAUUUCCAAUAUGUUAGCCAUUUCCUACCUGGUUUCUUCUUACCUGUUAAUCCCAAACAAUAGCAACUAAAAGACUAGUAGGAUCCUUUCCUGCCAUAAGAAAUGUUUUAAUGCCUUUUGAUGAAGCAGAUUUUGGAACAAUCUUUUAACCUAAUUUGUAUUUAGCGAUUCUCAAAGGGCAAAAAACAAAGAGUUUUAUAAUGUCAGAGACUAGUAUUAAACAAAACUAAACGAACCUAAGAAAACAGUAUGUGUGUAUAUAUAUUAAAAUUUUCCUUGGAAUUAAUAGCUACUAAUUACCAGGGUAAAUAAUAUUAGCACUUUCUAAGCACUUCUUAUCAAUGCGUAUGUUAGCAACAUCUUGCCUGUGGGCAGGACAAAUGGAAAACUGUGUAUGUCUUUUGCCGAAAUGCUAAUGAUUUCUGUGAAAACGCAAUAGGGUACAGGAGACAAUCAUUUAUGUUUAAGAAAAGAUGGCAUCAUUCCUAAUUGUAUGCACACAUUAGUGGUGUUGAACUAAAUCCCUAUGAACGAUUGAGAAUGUGGCUCAUGUGUAUCAUGUAGUAAGUGGGAGUGUGGUAGUGCAGUCGGUGGGGACCCCAACCGGAAGCUUCCUCAGCUGGUGAGUUGAUGAUGCUUGUCAGGUUCCCUGACCUCUGGUUCUGGUCUGUGACUGGCAUCUACAGGCUCCUCCAAACCUAGGGCUCUCUUGAUGACUGGUUCUCAGAAUUGGAUUGCAGCCAGUCAGACAUAAACUGCCAAUUCCUGCAGCAAGUGAAAACAUGCCCAAAUCACCUCCACCACUCAGGGCAGACAGAGCCUUCUGACCAAAAAGUGCAAGGUGGGCAUUUUGAACCUGACAGUAAUUCCUAAAUGCAAUCUGGGGCGGUUGCUCAUUGUUCAGAUGGAGGAAGAAGGUCCCCUUCUCAGGGGUUUCCAUUCCAAACGCCCCCUUGAGAAGGGUCUGUAUUCCUGCAGUUCACUCAGAACUGUGAGGUGAUUCAGCGGGGAGGGGUGCAGGAUUUUGCUCCCUGUCCCAGGGUAGUGGUGAUGGUAUGGCUGAAUGGAAGAGUUUCUCUGUUGACCUUGAAUAUCAGGGUUUUUCAAAGUGUUUCCAGACUCUGCAUUUCUGUUGGCAGAUCUUUGAAUGCUACUGGCACACCAUGCACUUUGAUCCCCCCAGGUGUGUACCAGCAAAGAACCCUGGAGCAUUUUGGGUGAUGUAUGCAGAAGCAGCCUACCUGCUCCUUAUAAAAAACCCGUAACUCCCAAAGUUAUCUUCUUUGUCCUAAGUUACAGCCACCAUCAUUUACAAGAGCAGAAUGCAGUAUAAGGAAGUUCUGUCUAGAGAAGAGCAUAAAUUCCCAUGGAUGUGAGUAAAUGGUGGGCAUUUCCUGCUUGGGAAAGUGGCAUGUCCAAGACCAGAUCAGGUACUCUCCGUUUCCUUUUUGUACAGCCCAGAUUAAGAAAAUACAGCAUUAGGUUAAAUUUGCAUCUGCCAGGACCUUUUGACCAGAUGGUAUCCAGAAAGAUCCCAGUGCACUUCCCCUGCCUCACAGGCACUCUCUGGUCUGGCUUGGGCCCUAGUCAGGGUAGGGCCUCAUGUGCUAUGUAGGUGCCCAGCCAGCUAGCCACUGGCUCUUGACAAAAUAGGAUUCUCUGUUCUGAAGUGUUAGGAGCACUUGGUGAAAGUCAUUAGUAGGAAUUAAGUGGGGAUGGUAUCUCCAACUUCUAAAUUCCUGUUUGGAUUUAAUUAUAUUAUUUAUAGUUCAUGACUUGGAAACACAUUUUGGAGAUAAUAGGGGUGCCUGUUAUAAAAUGAUGGAAAGAAUUUAAUUUUGCCAGCUUAAAUUUUUGGUUUCUAACUUUGAAGAGAUUUAAAUUUCAAAAUUAAGAAAAAAACAGCCAAGACAGUAGAGUUAGGGCAGGUCUGUUUCAUUUCUACUCGUGAAGGAUUUUAGCGGAGGGUAUUUUCAAGCACGUUUAUGCAUCUUUCACAGCAAGUUGCCUGUUUUCUGUUCGAUUUUUUAAUAUAAGCACGUCUGUUGAUCACAUAGCCAUUCGGUGGCAAUACCGGUGUCACAUCUCCCAGAUCUGAGUUCUCCAUGUUAGGGAAAAGGCCCACCCCUCAUUCCCAGGGGUGGGCCCUGGAAGUCCUGUGUCCAUUCGGCUUGUAGAUACCUUUGCCUUUAGACAACAGCAUGGCUUAGCCAAGACCUCGACCGAGGUCCCAGCGAUGCACUGUUGAAAGUUUUGGGGCAGAGAAGAUGAUAAACCAGCAGGAAGACAGGGAACAUUUGGGUGAGUGCUGCACUCUGGCCAGGUAGCCCUGGACAAAAAUCGGUUCAGCUUGGAGGGUUGUUGAUUUUGACCUAGUCUUGCCCCUUGAGUCCCUUCACUGGUGAUGGCUGAUGGCAGUGGACCAUUUUGGGCUUUGAACACUCAUUGGUUUCCCAGAUCCUCUUGGCUUUACUUUGAAGUCGCCUUUUCCCUAAGGAUCAUGUUCACACAAGCUGAUUUCUUGCUGCCCCAAAUCAUUUCACACCUUGGACAGCAGGUCCAUCCCAUCUUGUCAGACUGGUUAAGAGAAGCCCAAAGUCCAGACUUUUUUAAAGGGAUCCCAAGCAAAUACUGAGGCUCAACUUUCACAAGGCUUUUACCCCUCGUUGGUAGUUGGUGAAACUCUAGAUUUGGUUAAGUGAUGCCAGCUCUCUGCCCAAGAGCAGGUUCGUUCUUUUUAAUUUUUUUCAACGUUUAUUUAUUUUUGGGACAGAGAGAGACAGAGCAUGAACGGGCGAGGGGCAGAGAGAGAGGGAGACACAGAAUUGGAAACAGGCUCCAGGCUCUGAGCCAUCAGCCCAGAGCCCGAUGCGGGGCUCGAACUCACGGACCGCGAGAUCGUGACCUGGCUGAAGUCGGACGCUUAACCGACUGCGCCACCCAGGCGCCCCAAGAGCAGGUUCUUAGUCACACAGCCUGUGCACAUGUCCCUUCUGUUAACCUGGCCCUUCUUCCCUUGUGAGAAGAGGUCUAUCAGCUAAAGGAGGUGGUGAUAUACACCAUUGUUUCUUGAUGAAAUGGGCUCUUUUCCGGCAGUAUCUCAGAUAAUGCUAGACAGUUUUAUGUUGAAAUUCUGGAGGUCAUUACGUAUAAUCAUAAAACAGGACAGGAAGAGACUUAGAAAAAUUACUCAAGCAAAUGAUACUUUCCAAGCUAUUCCAUCCUUCUGAUUUGAAAUUUGUAUGUGUGUCUAUUGGGGGGUUACCAUUAUUUAUUGUCUAGCUUCUGCCAUGAGGCUGUUCUUGGGGUUUUUUUGGUGUUUGGGUUUUUAUAUUUCAUUGCAGGUAUAGUCACUUGUUAAGAUGUUAUGUAAAUGCCCUCAAGAGGGAUGGUUUCCUAGCUUCUCCAUAUUAAAUGUGAACUCUGUUCUGAGGCAGUUGCCACCAGCCAUGGUGAUCGCAAUGGAUGCACCUACUCUUGGGCUCCCUGACGUGGCAGCCACAUAUCGCUAGAGCGCAUGGUUGCAGCCAUAGUACAUAUUUACUUAGCUGUUUUGCUUGUUUGGGGGAUGGCCGUGGCAGGAAGGCUAAGAUUUAGAAAGGCUAUAUCUAGUGCUUUUAUUCUGGGGGAAAAAAUGCAUCCUAAUCCUUUGGGGUGAUUUCCAGUAGUCUUGCCCCCAGCCUGCUCUCUGCCUGACAAGCAGCCCUUGGCUAUGAAUCCAAGUUCUAGGACCUGAUCAGAUCAGAGUCCAGAAGUUUGUUGCCCACUUGCCGGUGGAAAGGGCCUCAUGUGCAGUGGGGCUAUCUAGAUGACAUUUCAUCUCUAAGUGUAGGCCGUGAAGUGUCAUCUUCUGACAUUCGCUUUUAUCCCCGGGGGCGGGGGGGUGGGGGGAGGUAGGGAGGCAGUGCCCUUUAGACCCUGGAAGGUUGGAGCAGGCCAGGCAGAUGCCCACAUGCUUCCUUUAUCCCACUUCCAGUCUCUAGAUUGUACGGCUCUUUGAAAAUGUCUUAACUUUGAUGUAAAUUUGUAAAGCCAAGCCCUAAUCGAGGUAGCGGGUUUGGGUCUUUUGUACACAGGGUUCUGGACAUCCCCACGUGUGCCUCUUGCCAGCGCACACUUGCGCAUGUCCAGCCCUGGGGUCCCUUCAGCGGCAUUGUGCGUGUACAGAUUUAUAGGCUUGUAUGACUGAAUGAAUGUACAUGUGUUUAUAUCUAUAUAUGUACAGUGUAUAUAGUGUGUGUAUGUGUACAUAGAUGUAUAUUAUGUAUACAGACAUGUAGCCAUGUAUCCAAAAUUUCCUUAUGUUUUAAAGAGAGUCUAUGAUAGAGUUGCUAAAGUAAAUGGAUGUGGGUGUUCCAAGGUCCCUCAGCAGGAUGGAUUUGCUGAUAUUUUAACUCCAUUUUCCUUUGGGUGAGCCUGGCUGGGAAAGGCCAUGAAGACAGAAUCUCCACUCUGUACCAGGGAAGAUUCCAGACAGAAAAGGUCCUGACAGGAGGACACUGCCGUAUAUUCUCUAGGUUCAGGCAAGGGCCAGAAAGGUAGAAGACCGUUCAUCCUUAUGUCCAAAACUAGGUGGGGACCUUUAACUUGGCUGCCACACACCUGUUUAUGGCCUGACUAGAAGGAACUUGAUAGUAGGAGCUGUCGGCCUUCCCAGACACUCGCUCUGUCAUGUGGUCCAGAGACAGGCAUCAUAGUCAGAGAUUCAGAGUGGUCCUUGUUCUGGGGCCUGACUCCUCGUGUGGUAGUGAUUUCCUAUGCUCACCCGGAUUUAGCAAACGGUGGGCACUGCCCGGUGAGUAAACAGAUUCCCAUGUCUCUAGUGCCAGUUGAAAAAAACCUACCAAGCAGUCUUUUAAGAUAAACAUGAAUAUGAUAACUAAAUUAUGGAAUAUUAAGUUACAAAUCUUAAAUUACUUCUCUAGCAUGUGAAUAAAAUCCAAUGACGUAAAUCCUUCCUAUAAAUUGAUUUAAACAUGUCAGAUAAAAAUUGGAUUUUAAUAUGGCUACAUGUGCCCUUUAAGCUACAGAUACCUAAUUUUCCUCGCCCAGGUCUAUUCUGAUGAAUUUUCCCCCUUAAUCGGGCUUUAAACUGAGACACGGCACGCGGGAGCCAGGGCCCAGCCCGGCGUAGUUGUUUGCAGAGCUGGUGAAUGGGGCCUGCCUGGCGGGAGGGCUGAAAGCUGGCCCGCUGAAGGGAACUGGAGAACAGCAAAAACUCACAUAGCCCAUAGGUUUUCUGUUGUUUUUUAAAAUAAGCUACCGAAAUGUUUGAAAACACUUCAUUGAGACUAUAGUACUCAGUGCCUUUUGUGAGACGGUGGGUCAUUUAGCCUUCAGCUUCCCCUAUAUUUGAUGUAAAAGAAGCUCCUACUUCGCUGGCCUCAUCCAACAGUACUUCCUGACCUUCCCCUGUCCCUGCCUGUCGUGACAAUCACACUCUUGAAGGUGGCUUUCCAGUUAAAAUACAAGAGGAAGCUUGACAGUCUCUCAAUCUUCAAAGUAAAAGUUUUCAUUUGGGGCUAUCUUAACAGCAAUCUAAAAGUAAUUAAAGUUUGAGCUUAAAAAGAGUAUCUUAAGGGUGGGGAAUGUCGGAGAUACUUUUAGGGCCCAGCUAUACUUCCAGUUCAGAAGCCAGUAAUUCUGGUGUCUCAAUAUUUAUACACACAGCAUAGAAAAAAUGCUAUAAAAAUCAAUGUUCAGCAACAUUUAUCAACUGACAGACUGUGAGAAAGCUUAAUAUUUGGAUAACAUUUGGAAGUAGUAGACUUUAUGUUAAAAACGACUUCUCUUUAGGAACGUGUACUCAGUUACCAUUUUAACGACCAGAGCGGCCACGGGCUCAGAUGAUGCCGCCACACAACUCAAGUGCUGGGAUAUUUUUCUACAGCCUCCGUUCUCCCAACUACCUUGUAAUAAGCCAGUGUUCAACUAGUUUUAUAACUGAAAAGCUGCACAUUUUUCAUAGUACAAACCCUAGUUUUUACCUGUAGUUUGGACCUCUCCGUUAAAAUGUAGCUGCAUUACCGGCCCUUUUAAAAGACAUCUGUUAAAGGAAAAUUCGGGUGUUAGAUUUUCUUGGGACCGUUUCUGUAACUUCUGCCCUUCACAAUAUAGAAAAUACUGUUCAUGCCAUUACAUUUUAAUUCCAGGUUUAAAACCUGUCGAAAGCUGGAGCUUGAAAUCAGCUUUAUGUGAUGGCAUUUAAAAAAUAGCAUGUUCUUUUUAAACUGAGUUUUAUAUCUAAUCAGUGUCUUCAGUCUUGAAGAAGAAUUUGCAUUGUUGUGUUUGUAUAUAGAGUAUUGCAGUGCAUGAAUUAGCUUUUAUGCAUUUUAUUAAAUGCUGUCUCAAUGUGGCAUUAUUGUUGUGGCUUAAUACUACUACCUAAAUGAGGUUUAUACUAUUAAAAAAGUGAAUUAAAGACUAA